AUGAACGCUAAUGGAGAGCUUCUACUAACUAAGUGUUCUGAGCAUGGCCUUACGAUAACAAACACCUUAUUUAUGCACAACGACAAAUUUAAAGGCACUUGGCAACAUCCUAGAUCUAAGCACUGGCAUCAACUUGACCACGUCAUCGUGAGGCAAAGAGACCUUAAAGAAGUCCUCGAUACUAAGAGUCCCGAGUGGACAUCCAAACAUAAGAUCAGAGCUAGGCCUCAGGAUCUCCGAAACUCUUACAAGGGCACAGACACAGAUAGCGAUGACCCUGAACAUAUUUGGAUAAACAUUCGGGACGCCAUACAAUCUGAAUGUGAAAAGAGUCUAGGGGAAACAGUAAGAUGCAAUAAGGACUGGUUCAGGGAUAAAGCUGAGGAAAUAGAAUCCGCCCUUGAGCGCAAAAGAAAAGCACACACCGGCCUCAUGAAUAACCCCGAGUGCAGACAAGCCCAGAAGCAUUUUGCAACUGCUAAACACGAAGCUCAAAAAAACAAUCAGGGCAGCCAAAAAUUCUUGGUGGAAAAGCAAAGCUAA